AAGAUUCACUUUAUUCAAGAUAUAAAAAUGCGGCCUCUAUAUCUCUUCCUCCAACUUCACAAUGGGCAUUAGGCAUAGGAAAUAUUACUGCACCUUAUCCGUUAUCUUUCAAAGCUGAAAGUCAUGAUAAAACAAAGGAUAAAGAAUUGUUUCGUAAAAAAUUUGGCUUGGAAGAAGAUAAAACACAACCCUCUCAAGAUUUACUUGCAUAUUAUCGUGAAACUUCAAGUAAUGUCAUUCGUUCACCCAGUUCGCCACAGCCCUCGGUAUUAGCACAAACAACUCCCGUAAGAAGAACAAGGCCAUCAUCUAACCUUGACAAAGCACCCUUGGCUACUCAAAAGCCAACUCCCGGUCCGUCGCAUUUAUUUGGGCAGACUCCAUUUAUAGGUCACACGCCUUUAUUUACGUCAUCCGCUCAGGAAGAACAGGAGCCACAAUCUCCUAUUGUUGGUAACAGUUAUGCUGCUUUGAAACGUCCAUCACAAGUUCCACUUUCACAAUUUGACGAAAAAUUGAACAUCAAAGAAGAUCCUUCAAUUGCAACAACAUUUGAUCCAGAAAAAGACAGACAAUUAUAUGAAACAGCAGUGGGUUUUUAUAGAAGUUUUAGUAAGGGUAGCAGUCAAGAAAACGAAAGCUUCUUCUGGGAGUGUUGA